AUGGCGCCCAUCCUCCUCCCUCCAAACCAUCCCCCUCGCCGCUUCUACGCCGGCGGAGCGCAGAUAUCGGCCUUUCGUCAACUCCAAAGCCCCAUUGGCUCUCACGAGCCCGAAGACUGGGUUGCUUCCACAACAUGCUGCCGCGGCCAAGGAAAUGUCGGCAUGACCCGCUUGCCUGAUGGAACAAUGCUUGCUGAUGCCGUUGCCUCCGAGCCCGAGAAAUGGCUAGGGGCCGAACAUGUGGCCAAGUACGGACCGGACACAAAGCUGCUCGUCAAGCUGCUUGAUGCUGGACAGCGCCUCCCUGUUCAUGCACACCCUCACGUUGACUGGGCGUCGAAGCAUCUCCAGAGGAAGCAUGGAAAGGCCGAGGCGUGGUAUAUCCUCAUGCCGGGAUCCGUCUGGCUCGGCUUGACUGAAGAUGUCGACCCCAAGGAACUGCUGAAAAUCGUACAGGAGGAGAGAGGCACUGAGCUGCUGGACCGAAUGCAUAAAAUCGACGUCCAACCCCAUCAGACUGUCUAUGUUCCCCCCGGAGUCCUUCACGCAAUCGGCCCAAGCGUCAUGAUGGUCGAGGUUCAAGAGCCAGAAGACUUGUCUGUCCUUUGUGAAUGGAGUGGGUUCAGGAUUGAUGGCAAAGCAGAAGGUCAUCUUGGUCUUGGUUUCGAGACGGCGCUCACAGCUGUUGAGACGAGAGGGCGGACAAGAGAAGAAGCCAUGGCAUUGGUAACUGAAGCGAAAGUUGCCGAUAGUGUUUUCGUCGAGGAGUCGCAAGGUUACUUCCAGUUGGAGAGAGUCAUUGUCAAUGGACAGAGCCGAUGUCGACGCGGCUUUGCUAUUCUGGUCGUUCUCCAAGGCAAUGUGACUUUGAAGACGGAAUCUUCCGAGCUUUCGAUUUUGAAAAGAGGGUCAACGGUGGUGAUUCCAUAUGAGGAUGGGGAGUUUACUCUGGAGAGUGAGGAUGCAGAUGUUGCUAUUGCUCGACCACCUCAGUAG